AUGUCAGUGGCACUAAUCGCGGAAACAUUUUCAAUGGUAUAUGUGGAAGAAAUAGAUAACAGCGUAGCAGUGGGACAUGCCGAUGUUAUGAACGGAGUAUCAUUGAUUGCAGAACGAUUAGCUUCUUACAGAAAUUGUCUUAUUGCUGUAGUUCUUCCUAAGCAUCCAGCAUUUGUUUCUGCUAUUCUUGGAGUUAUGGAAACGAAGAAUUGCUUUGUCUGUUGUUCAAGCAGUGAAAUGGCAAACAGAUAUCGUAGUGCUACAGUAUCUUGUAUUAUUUCUUCCAUCGCUUCAGAAGACAAUCAUUCAUCAAUUAAUAUACAUGGUUUACAAAUUUAUUUCCACCACAAUGGGUAUUAUUGUCUGGAUAAAUUUGGAAAAGAUAGACUUUGCUAUUUGAUUACGACAUCGGGUACAUUAGGAGAACGAAAAGAAGUUCUUGUUCCGUACAGUUGCAUAAUGCCUAAUAUUUGGGAUUUCAGUCGUCGAUUCCGAAUCACAGUUUCUGACGUUAUUCUUUUCGUUACGGCAGCAACAUUUGAUCCAUUUGUUGUGGAAAUUCUUUUAGCUGUAGUAAAUGGUGCAAAACUAUUGGUUAUUCCUGAUUCAUUUCGUUCCAUGCCGUCGAAAUUAGCCGAUACAAUCAUGAAAUACAGUGUAACCUUUAUUCAGAUGACACCUUCACAAUUGAAAAUUCUACCUCGUCAAACUUUGACAAAGAUUUUUGUCGGCCAUUCAACCGUACGAACAUUAAUCCUAGGUGGUGAAACAUUUCCAACAAAUUUUAUUAAGCGUUUUCAAAUUGGUCACCAUUUCAUUAAUUUCUACAAUGUGUAUGGAGUCACGGAAGUAUCCUGCUGGGCUUCAUGUCAUAGAGUCGAUUGGAAAGAAACCCGUGUGGAAAUUGGUGAACCAUUAUUGGGUACAAAAUUCAAAAUUAGUGAAACUGGUGAAUUGCUUAUCGGUGGUUCGAGGCGAUGUUUCAUAAAUGGUAAACUGUCUGGAGCUUGGCUUCCCACUGGUGAUAUUGUUGAACUUACUGAGAUGGGGAAAAUUUACUGGUGUGAUCGAUCGGAUGAUCAGCAGAAGAUUAAUGGGAUAAAUGUAAGCUUAUCAGGAUUGGCUCGAAAAGUGGAAGAAUAUGAUGGUAUUCAGUCAGCUUUAGCAUUACGUCGCGAACAGUCCAUUUUACUAUUUGUACAUAUCGAAAAUAGUGCAAAUAUGCAAGCUGAUUUAUGCAAAAAGUUGGAUAUGAAAUUGCCACUGACGGUCAUUUUAGUCGACAAUUGGCCAGUGACUGGAAAUGGAAAAAUCGAUCGUCGAAAGUUAAUACAAAUUUUCGAGCAAAAAAAUUUGGUUUUUACGAUGGAAGAGUUGAGCAAAUUAUUUGAAAAUCUUAACAUAAAUCUAAAAACCAAUCAAGAAAUGACGUUCAAAGACUUGGGUUUGAAUUCAUUACGUGCAGCUGAAUUGACUCUGAAAACGGAACAUCUUUUGAAGCAACGCAACUUUCCACUUUUGCAAUAUCUUCUUUCGGAUACUGGAACGAUUGCUGGAUUUUUGGAUGCGCUUGAUUUCAAUCAAAAUGUUCGAGAAAGGGAUACUACACAUGUGCGAGAAGUUCGUAUAAGGCCAAUAGAAAGUUCCAUUACUAUCAAGUUAUUGUGGGAAUAUAAUUUGGGAAAAUGCAUCGAUGCAACGCCUACAGUCGAAAAUGGCUCAGUUUUUCUGGGGUCACAUUCUGGACAAUUCGUUUCAUUAUCUCUGGAUGGAAAUAAAGAAUGGGAAGUUCAAUUUGGUGGACGAAUUGAAGCAACUGCUUGUUGCCAAAAUGGUAUCAUUGCUGUUGGCUGUUACGAUGGCUAUCUAUAUUUUUUGGAUGAGAAGAGUGGACAAUUAAUAUGGACAUUUGGCACAGGAAAUAUCAUUAAAUCAUCUCCUGUACUUAUCGAUGCGGGAAGCAGAUGCUUGUUUGGUUCACAUGACAAAUGUCUUUAUUUGCUUGAUGUCAAGAAUCACAAGAUGUUGUGGAAAGUUAUCUGUGACGGUAGCAUCCUAUCUUCACCUGCGCCUACCGAUACAAUUGUAUUGUGUGCCACUUUACAAGGAGAAUUUUUUGGUGUCGAAUUAGCCACUGGUAAUGUCUUUUGGAAAAUUCAAUUAGCUGCGCCGAUAUUUGCAAAUUUAUGCAUUAUAGAACCCAACCGUGUACUAGUUGCGAAUGUUAAAGGAUUAGUAUCGUUGUGUGAUACAAGAACUGGACAUAUAGUAUACCAGUAUGAUGUCUUGGAGUGUAUUUUCGCAACACCAAUACUAUUUUCGGAUGAUAUCAAUAAUUCUAACAUAUCACUUAUCGUAACGCAAGCUUCUUCACUGUUCUUGUUACAAACAGAUACGCUUCAACUGCUCUGGUACAUAAGAAUUGAUGGAGUAGGAUCGUUUCUACGAGCACCGGAAGUUCUGAAUAAUGAAGGAUAUCUUUUUAUUCAGGAUUCUUCCGGUACAUUGUUAGCUAUCAAAGGAUUGAGAGAUAUGAUGAAGAAAAAUGCUGUGGAUGUAAAAAUUUCCACGAUGAAAAUUAUCAAAGUUUUAAAAGUACCCGGUGAAACUUUCGGUGGAGUGCGAAUUUUAAAAGUGGAGAAAAGAGAUAGUAGUAAGAGUGAUAGCAAUAGUAAUAGUAGUAAUAGUAGUGAAACGGCAGUUGUCUCUUAUCGUGCUUUGAUUGGAAGUCGUGAUGAUCGUAUACGGUGCUUUUAUUUUUCACUUUAA